AUGACUGAAGACCGGUUAUCAAAUUUGGCCAUAUUGAGCAUAGAAAUCAACAUAGAUCAAACCGUUGAUUUUGAUGACGUAAAAAGUAGGGAUUAUCCAAAAACAAUAUUUGGUAAACAGAAUAGAUCAUUUUCGUCCAAUUUUUUUAAGUUAUAUACUUGGUUGGAAUACAGUGUCAAACGAGAUGCUGUAUAUUGCUUUUGUUGUCGAUUAUUUGGAAAAAACAAUGAUGAUAUUUUCACAAAAAUAGGAUUUAAAAACUGGAAAAAAAUAAGUGGUUCUAAUAGUAAACAGUCCAAGCUUGCUAGUCAUGCACUAACUAAAGAGCAUCUUACUAAUUUAUCAAAAAUGACUGGAUAUUAUUCAACUAAAAGUACAGGAAGAAAUUUUCAAGAGAUGUGUUCAUUCUUUAGUAAAUAUGACUCUGAAUUUAAUCGAAUGUUUACCUUAUGUUCUCAAAAUGUCAAAGAUACAAUAUUUUCUGAAAUUAAGGAAACUGGAUUUUUUUCAAUCAUGUGUGAUGAUGCCAGGUGUCACAAAGAGGAACAAAUGUCUAUUUGUGUACGGUAUACAAAAAAAUUUGAAGUGUUUGAGAGGUUUUUAGGAUUUAUAGAUGUUUCCCAAAAACAAGAUGCUGAGUCAGCAAUAUCAGCUAUUUUAAACUUCCUUGAGCAAUCAAAUAUCCAAAAUGUUCCAAUUGUAGCCCAGUCGUAUGACGGAGCAGCUGUUAUGUCUGGUAAAAGAGCAGGAGUGCAAACUAAAUUAAAAGAAUAUUACCCAAGUGCCAUCUAUGUUCAUUGUAUGGCUCAUAGAGUUAAUUUAGUUGUCAUAGACAUAUCAUUAUAUGUACAUUUUUCUCGGCCAUCAACUAAUUUUAAAUUGAAAGAAAUGCAAAAUAAACUCAAUAUUAAAACCACCACAUUAAUGGCCAUAAGUGAUACACGUUGGGUAUGUAGAAUACAGAACUGUGAUGCAGUUUAUAACAAUUUUGAAGUACUUAUUGAAGUUUUAAACGAUGAAGUUGAUUUAAACAAAGACAUGGAUGUAGCUCAGGCUAUAGGCUUAUUAAGUUCUAUUCAAAAAGCAUCAUUUAUAAUUUAUUUAAUUAUACUUCAGGAUGUACUUAAAGUUAUAAAUAUUCUGAGUAACCAGUUACAAAAAAAAACUUCCACAUUAGGUGAAGCGGCUAAUAUUAUUUUUGGAGUUAUUCAAACAUUUGAAAAUUAUAGAAGCUCCAAUAAGUUUUCUGAAAUAUGGUCUAAAAUAACAAAUUUUGCUGAAAAACAUAAUAUACCAAUUGAAACACCUUCUAGAGGUUCUAAUUCUAAGUGUAAAAGAAAAGAAAGCACAUAUUUAAGAGAUUAUUGUACCUCUACUACUACUGGGAAUGAAUACUCAGAAUUUGAUGAGUCUUCUUUAAAUAUAUCGGAUUAA